CGGGUUUCCUCUCUCAAUAUCUGUGGGUCCUUAACCAUAUUUCUGACGCCAUAUAACCGUAAAUAAAAUGUGUUGAGUGCAUCGUUAAAUAAAACAUUUCUUUCUUUCUUUCUUUGAUCUUAGAGAAGAUGUUUAAUAUCUACUGGUAUCUUACUUCAAGUCUCUCUCUCUCUCUCUCUCUCUCUCUCUGUGUGCGUGUGUGAGUGAGAAAAUGUGAGUGAAUAAGAGAGAGAGUGUUUGUGUUUGUGUGUGUUUGUGCUUUGGCUUUUUUGUUUUGUGUGUAUGGUUCUUUAUUUGUGCUGUGUGUGUGUGUAUUUUGGCUAGUGUAUUUGAAACAUUGAAUUAUUUUUCUGCGUUUGGAUAUCCAGUCACAAUUUCUUGAACUUUAUUAACUUGAAACAAUGAAUAUAGUGUAUAAAGUUCUGAACAAUGAAAGCUGGUCUCGUGUACAUGUUUGAGUACUUCAAAUACUAAUUAAAACAUUACUCUGUUUUCUGUAGUUUGUUUUUCAUUUUAAUAAAUAAAAAUCUGUGGUAAAAGAUUCUGCAGAGGUUAGUAAAUGUCUUAGUGAGUGAUGAGUACAUGUAUAUUGUUUAAUAUCUUUGUGCGAAAACAACAUUAUGAACUGUCAUCUUCUGAUGGGAGGUCAUGUGAUCAUCACACAGAAGCACUGCAAUCCAGUUUUGCAUUUUUUGAGGCAGCAAACUAACCUGAACAUUAUCGCUCUAUGUACAUGUAAUAUUGUUUUAAAUGUGUUGUAUUUGUUUUUUCUUUUUGACUGCUUUGCUCUAUGUUUUUCAGAUAAGCUUCUGAUGUAUUUUCAUCUUGUCUUGCAUUUCAAGAUUCUUCUGCAGGUCAAAAGAUAAACUUACUCAUGCCAAUUUAUCCAUCUAUUUGAUGAGUAGCUUUUAUUUCAAUUUCAGAUUGAUACAUCCUGGAGUCUUACCCAAGUGAGAGUUCCAGGAGUUGCUCCCCUUGAAGUGUUUGCAGCAGCUGACCGUUUAUGGAUGACAUCAAAAUUAGAUUAAUCAAAACAUCAUUUGCAGCAUUCAAAUUGUUAUUGAUGCAGAGUUGUAUAUGCUAAAGCCAAUACUUAUUGUUUCUUUUUUGGCAAAUAGCAUAGGGGUACGAGAACCACUGUAUGUUAUUGUCACCCAUUUUCAAGUUGGGUGUCAUGACUACAUAUGGAGUUAAAAAAAUUUCAAAUGGGUGGCUUACUGGUCAGACCAGCAUGCAACUGCGUAUCCAUGGCAACCCUAUAAAAAUGUUGAAAUCACGAUACCAUGGACAAACAUAUCGAAUCAAAUGUGUUCCCAUGGACUACCGACCUCAUAAUGCGGCAGCCUCGGACUGUGAAGAGGACAGCAGAGAGGGACCUCCACUGUGCCCCAACACAAGAACCAUGGUUUCAGUGCUGAAUGAUACAGAUGCCAUUCCACAUGUUCAAGAAUCCUAUGGCAAAAUGUUCAAUGUUGAUGACUAUUUAGUGUUCAAAGUGCAGACGUUUCAUCCAGAAUAUCUUGGCUUUCAGCUGGAAUUCUAUGUUCAUGAUCCACACAAGUCACCUGAUGCUCUUCCUAAGUACAUUGGCUUUACCCACAUCCUCCCUGUGGACCAGAAGAAGUCACUAUCGCUUCGAUUGCGGGUGCCUAUAAUGGGGCUGAAACACAAGCCAAUUGGAGAAGUGAAUGUCGAUUCUCUGAUUGUGAAACCACAUCCAAGAUUUUCUGGGAAAAUGGACUUGUCCUAUCAAAGCCACUGGAAGACGAAAGGAAAAACACUGGAUGUAGGACAUCGUGGCAUGGGGAUGUCAUACAAAAACAUAGCACUUGUACAAGAGAAUACUCUGGCCUCAUUUUCUGCAGCUGCAAGUCAUGGGGCCGACAUGGUUGAAUUUGAUGUCAUGUUAACCAAGGACCACAUGCCUGUUGUUUAUCAUGACUACGCUGUUUGCCUUUCUUACAAAAAGAGAAUAGAUGAAGAAGCCGAGUUGUUUACAAUUCCAAUCAAAGAUCUUACUCUGGAACACCUGCAUUCAAUGAAAUUAUCACAUAUAGUUUCUCAUGCAGAUUUGACGGAACCCAGUGAUUCAGAUGAGACACGUCCAUUUCCGACUUUGACACAAGUUCUGCUGCAUGUUGAUAGCCGUCUAGAUUUCAAUCUUGAGGUCAAACACCCACUUAUUGGAGAAAGUGUUGAGACUGACCAGGAACACUAUUUUGACCACAAUCUGCAGGUUGACAAGAUUCUGGAAACUGUCUUUGAACAUGCUGGUUCAAGACAAAUUGUCUUCUCCAGUUUUGAUGCAGAUACCUGCAUUAUGUUACAGCUGAAGCAGAACUUUUAUCCUGUUUUGUUCUUAUCAAAUGGCCCAACAUCACACAAGACCUAUACGGAUUUCAGAGCAAAAACGUUUCAAGCCGCUAUCAGCUUUGCUGUUUCUGAAGGAAUUCUGGGUGUAGACUUUGAGGCUGAAGGGGUUCUACAAGACAUGUCCGUCAUCAAGAAGUCACACAAUGCAGGUCUUAUUGUCUUCAUAUGGGGCGAAGACGCCAACGACAAGGAAACUAUUAAACUAUUCCGACAGCAUGGAGCAGACGGAAUAAUUUAUGACAGAAUUGAUUUUCACAGACCACAGGAUGAUGUUGUCUUUGAACUGGAUAGCAGUGAAAGAUCAAUAAUCGAGGAGAUUUCCUGUGUCAGUCUCCCUGAUGACAAUUACCACAGAGAAACAGAAUCAAGAAGCAUUUCUUAACUGUGCAACAUUUAAGACAUCAUAAGCAUUUAUAACGUGUAACAUAGUAUCAUAUCAAGUUUCACAAACUUUAUUUCUCUAAUCACUAUAUGACAAAAGAAAUCAGGUAUGAAACUUGCAAGUGACUUUUAAACUUUUUUUUCCAAACAUUAGUCUUAAGGUUUUUUUUGUUACAUAGAAACAAUAAACAAAUUUAAUGUA